UUUAAAACAUGAGGCAAUACUCCUAAUUUCUCACACUUACUUUUCCCCUUUCUAUUCCCAACUAAACUUGUUCCUCCAUCUUUUCUCACCACAUACUAAACUUCACAACAAUGGAGAAAGUAAUCCUCUAUCCAUCACCAUUCAUAGGCCAUAUAAUCUCCAUGGUUGAGCUUGGCAAACUCUUAAUAACACAAUCUCCUACACUUUCUUCCAUAACCAUCAUCAUCCCAAGUUCCCCCUUCAACAACAAUGACUCUUAUUCCUCAUAUAUCUCCUCUGUUUCUUCAUCUUUCCCUUCCAUCACCUUCCUCUUUCACCCUUCUAUUCCUCUUCUUCUCGGCGAUCUUUCGAAUUACGACGAUCAAGAACAUAUUACGUACGAAACACUUCGCAAUAAUAACAAUAAUGUUCUUGAAUCUCUACAAUCAAUAUCUAUAUCCUCCACUAUUACUGCUUUUAUUAUUGACUUCUUUUGUUACUCUGCUCUUGAAGUUUCUCAAUCUCUUAAUAUACCCACGUACUUUUUCAUGCCAUCUGGUGCUUCUGUUCUUGCUUUUUUCCUUAAUCUUCCUGUUUAUGAUAGAAAAUUUACUGGUUCUUUUAGAAAUCUUGAUGUUUUGCUGGAAAUUCCUGGAUUGUUUUCUCUUCCUACUGAUCAUAUGAUUGAAUGUAUGCUUGAUCGUGGGGUGAGUUUUAAUGAGUUUGUUAAAUUGGGUGAAACUUUUCUUAAAUCAAAUGGGAUUAUAAUCAAUACUUUUGAUUCAUUAGAGGUUAAAGCUGUUAUGGGUUUGAAGCAAGGGGGUUGUCUUCCUGGAACUCCAAUUCCUCCUGUUUAUUGCAUUGGUCCUUUGAUUGCGCCAAGAGGUGGUAGUAAUGGUGGCGAAGGUGAAGGCGAAAGCGAAAGAGGAGGAGAAAGACAUGAGUGUCUAAGAUGGCUUGAUGAUCAACCAAGUGGAAGUGUGGUGUACUUGUGUUUUGGGAGUGAAGGUGUGUUUUCUAAGGAGCAAGUUUGUGAGAUAGCUAUUGGGUUGGAGAGGAGUGGGGUGAGGUUUUUGUGGGUGGUUCGAGCCCCACCUAGUGAGAAUAAGGUUGAUGUGUUCUUUCCCUCUUUGCACGAACCGGAUUUGGACUCACUCCUUCCUGAAGGAUUUUUGGAUAGGACUAAAGAUAGGGGUCAUGUGGUCAAGUCAUGGGUUCCACAAAUUGAAGUAUUAGGGCAUGUGUCAAUAGGUGCGUUCGUAACUCAUUGUGGAUGGAACUCGACUUUAGAGGCGGUUUGUGCUGGUUUGCCUAUGGUUGCUUGGCCACUCUAUGCCGAGCAAAAGUUCAAUAAGAUAUUGCUUGUCGAAGAAAUUAAAAUUGCGUUACCAAUGGAGGAGUCUGAGGAUCGGUUUGUGAAUUCGAAUGAGAUUGAGAAACGGGUUAAGCAAAUCAUGAACUCGAAAGAAGGUGAUUAUGUAAGGAAACGAGUACUAGAGAUGAAAGACAAGGCGAAAAUUGCCCUCAAUGAAGGAGGCUCAUCUAAUGUAGCACUAAAAAUGUUAAUUGAAUCAUGGCAAUGAAGACCUACCUACAAACAUUAGGGUUACCUUGAACUAUAUUUUUAGUUGCUAUAAUUGGUUUUAAGAUUGGUAGCUAAGUAUGGGGCCAAUCUCACCAUUGGAAAUAUAUAUUGUGUUAAUCAAUUUAUAAGUUCAUUAUUAGAAUAUAUAAUAAAAAUAUGUUUGAAUGAUUAA